CAUUUUUAAGACUUGAUACAAACACUUGGAAAGACUCAAAACUCUCCUUAAGACUUUUUUUCGGCAGGUGUCGACAGUAGUCAUGCAGUGACUCGAUUGGCCACUCAGACUGACUGGUCCUCUGGCUCCAGAAGUCAUGCCUAUACCCAGCUUGAACAGACGGCAAAUCGCGUUUGCUUUCCAGUGUCAAGUGGACAUACAGAUCUCCCACGUUUUCUAUCCCUCUGACCAGAACAAAACAUCCAUGCUUAACAUUUGGCUUUUUUUUUUUUUACUUCUAUUUUUAAUCUUUUAGUUUGCAGUGCCUAUAGAAACCGAUAAUGACUCUAGCUGUAUGUUGUUUGCUUAUCAUGCUUUAUGCAUGUCAGGCAAACAACGUGCCUGGUGCCAGAUUUUGUUGGUGGGUGUCAUUGACUUUUGCACCAUGAAGAAACAUUUUUUAAAUCCAUGUUUAGUAAGUGUUGCGAACAAUGUUAACAAUUAAACAAUCAGGGGUUUUAUUUUACAUUUCAACAUGAACAUUGUAAGCGAACAUUUGGAUUCUUGUUGGGAUGUCAUUUUGAGACAUUUAGGGGUUAAGAACUCAGAGGCAAAAGGCAAAACUAAGGUACGGGUAUGGAGAGAGGAUGGUGAAGAAGAGGAAGCAGGUGUGUGUCAGACAGGCAAGAGGCUGAUGGCCAAAUGUCGCAUGCUCCUUCAGGAGAAUGAGGAACUGGGAAAGAUGAUUGCGUCAGGAAGAACUGCCAAGUUGGAGGGAGAAAUUGCCUUACAGAAGACACUAGUACAAGAGAUGAAGAAAAACCAGCAAGAACUGGACGAGUUUGUUGGUGAGCUGGAGGCAGAUGUAGAGGGAAUGCAGUGUAUGAUCUACUUACUACAGACACAGCUCAAGGAAACCAAGGAGCAGCUAGCCAAGGUUUCAGCUGAGAAUGAGUUAUUGAUGAAUAAAAAGACUUCAUCCGACCAUGACCCUGGUGGAACUGAAAAGGAUCUUCAAAAGGAUAUAAAACCUAGUCCUACUAAACCAGUGAUUUUUGAGAAGAGUGACAAAGAAAUGUUGACAGUAACUAGGAACAGCUCUGAGGUUGGACAAGUCGCAAGUGUUAAUAUACUUGAUGUGCCUGCAAAGAGCAUGCAUGAAAAAGAACCAAUGCAGGUAGAUAAAUGUGAGCCUGUUGAAACUCACAUUCUUACAGCAGACAGUACAAGUCAUUUAGAAUCCACAGGAUCUUCAGCAAAAAGCUGGAGUCCAAAGAAUUCUAAAAUGGACACUUCAGACUCGAAUGAUACUUUUGACAUGAGUCACACAAGCCCACAGACUUCCAAAAAAGACACCAGUGCUUGGAAUACUUGUGAGCCACAAAACAGAGAUGAUGGUACAAACAACAAGACCAAUGACUCUAAAGCCUGUAAUCCAUCAAGCUUGAAAAAAGACAAUGGAGACCCAAGUCCAGAUAAUCUGGAACAAGAUACAAAAGACUUCAGUCCAAGACAUCCAGCUCAAGGUAACAGUCAUAGUCCAAAAAAAUUGGCAAACGAUACGAGAAGCUGGAGUCCAGACAACUGUGAGGCCAUGGAUCUUAGUAACUGUAAGCAGUCUUCAGAAGACGCUAGUGUUAGAAACUCUGUGAGAGAUUGGACUCCAAGGAUUUCAGACAAGACCUGUGAUGACUGGAGUCCGAAGAAUUCCACAAAAGAUGUUGAUUGUAGGAGUCCUCCAAAUCGAACAAAAGACACUGAUGAAGCAGCACCAGGGAAUCCAAAAUCUGACCCCGACAUAAUUAGUAUGGAAGACAGUAAUAGCCGGACAGACAACAAACCAGAAAUAGUGAUGGAGAAUACCACUGCUCACACAGAUGCUGAAAAAACCAUACAUGUACCUAAUGGGGUGGAACCAUUGACUCAUUCGGAGGCUGGUGUCGAGUAGAAGUGAUAAUUUGUCAUGCAUUACAUGUUUCCUGUUUAAAUAAUAUCUGUGUUGUAUGGUCAAAUCAAGCUUAAAACAAACUUUUUAAGUUAUGUCUUUAAUUGUAAUUAGCUUUUCUUCUUUUUUCUAUUGACAAGGAAAUAGGUUUUUUUACCCACAACUUUAUUCAGGAAUUGACUGAAACUAAAUGUACAUUCUAUUUGGUAGGUAUGGCCGAUAAUUAAACAUUUAUAUUUUUUUUAAAUGAGCCGUAAAACUCUUGUAAUGCAUGUUUACCAUCGGGGAUCGCUUCUCUAUAUUUGUCUCAGUAAAUUCUGUAAAGAGUAGUUUUGUGUGACCAUUGUCAUCUUUGGUCUGCAACCAAGUUUGUCUCUUCAUGCAUUUCUACCUGCUUAUUGGCUUGUAUAAUGGCUAUUUAAAUUAUACGAUGGCUUGGUGUAAGCAGUCUCUUAAAUCUGGAAAACAUUUGUUCUUGAUUUACUAAAUUAAAAAUGAAAUAACAGUGUACACAUUUUUCUUUCAACCAAGAAAUCACAUUAGUACUGAAAUUAACAUAAAAAACACUAGAUUAUUUUUCACUCGGCAAAAAGAUUUGUUUUUAAUCAGCUAUGGUCUUGACAUGUUUGUCCAUAUAGCUUUUGACAGUAUAUUUAGCAUGGCUAUAAAUAAAAAAUAACUGGUCAUUGACGGGUAAAUUUACUGGUCAAGUAAUAAAUCACUUUGGUUCAUGUAUCCCUGAAGCCAUAAUCAUGUUGAUUUGUUUUUCAAUUUAUUUCCAUUUGUUAGGCGUGGGGUGAUAGGCAUUUUCUUUAAAAGUAAUAGUCUUGGGGCAGGGUAUAUUUCAAUAUUAAUUAAAUUUCUCCUGAGAAUAUAUAUUGUUAAAAAUACCAAUAUUUUUUUUUUUAAAUAAGGCGAAAGUAACAGUUACAGUUUUCUUGGAAACAGUGGAUUUAACAGAUUCAACCAACAGUAAUGAUGAUGGAUGCUACAAAUUAUACAUCACCUUUGAUGAACACAAUGUGUAAUACUGUGAUGACUUCGUUAAAAGCUAGCUUGGACACUUGUAUUAAAAUUACAUUUUCUGACAGUAAUUUAAAUUGACCUUAAAAGACAAGAGAUUCUGUUUGUGCUUAAAUAGAAAUAAGCUUCGACUUUAAAAGAAAUGUGAUUGAUCCCUGUUGGUGGGCCCAUUGGGCUAUUUCUUGUUCCAGCCAGUGCUCCACAACUGGUGUUUUAAAGGCUGUGGUAUGUGCUAUCCUGUGUGGGAUGGUGCAUAUAAAAGAUCCCUUGCU